UAGUUGACUGCGCUGCUGUGAGAUGCUUCGACAGCCAGCCCUCCUCUACAUGUACAAGCUUCCGAGUCCCUCCCUAGCCAAGUAGGCUGGUAGCGUACGGAGCGAGAGCCAAAGAUAGAGAUCUACAGGGACAAGCACCAAAAUGCAAACGCUCCGCCAGCUGUUGGUUGGUGAUGCACCUGGCGUCCCCAUGGAGCCCCUGCUGUCCGCAGCUACACUGCAAGCCAUAAGCACGGCCACCCUUCUUCGCUUCUCCUUCAGCUCUUCUCUCCUCUGUUAUACUGCUGCUCAAUGACCCUCAAGGCAAAGGAAGAAACCCUCGCUCGUUCGUUCGACUGACUGUGGUCUAGACUCCCCACUUGGCCUAGAGCUGAACCACCAUUCUCUCAAAGCAUCGAAACACUCAUUGAUCUGCCUCCGCCUGUGAGCGACUGCUUCUCACUCGUAGAUCCCAGCGCAUACCAAUCCUCGCGAUCAGCCGUCAUGUCUACAGACGUCAAGACCACAGCGUCCCCCGACCAGAAGUGGCUCGACAACUUCAUCUCCCUGCUCUCCCGCUCCUACCUCACCACUCCUCUCACGACCGCCUUCAUCACCGAGAUCGACAGCACCAGCCCCUCAGCAGAUGUCUCCCAGGUGAUGACGCCCGAGCGGCUCACCAAGCACUUCACACUGGGCAUCACGGCCGCGGCCAAGUCCAACGUCGUGCUCAUCGAAUCGGGCGGCUUCACCGCCGCGGCGCUCUUCGAGCCCCCCGACUUCUGCGGCAUCCCGCCCUCGCAGGCCCGGCGGAACCCAGGCCCCAUCCUGCAAGAGUGGCGGAGCACGGCGCGCCAGCUGAAGGCCAAAUACCUCUCCAUCCCGGACCAGGGCGAGCACAGCUACGACCAGCCCGCCGCGCCGUCGCAGUCGUCGGGCGCGCCCUCCGAGGACCCCUACCCGGCCGACUUCAACAAGGACACCGACUUCGAGACCCGCCCGUUCUACCACCUGGCCAUGAUCGCCCGGGACCCGGACGCCUCGCCCGACGCGAGCGACAAGGCCUUUAGGGCGUGCAUGGACUACUUUCUGAAAAAGGCAAGGCACGAGGGCGUGCCCGUCUGGCUGGAGACGGCCAGCGAGAACGCCAUGAAGGAGUACGAGGGCCUGGGCUUCAGGGUGUGUGAGGAGGUCGUCAUCGGGAAGGGCAGGGUCAAUGAGAAAGGCUGGCCGACCGAGGGCGGGAAGGGGGUCGUGACUUGGGCCAUGAUCUGGGAUGAACACCUGAAUUGAAAAUGGGGGACCCAAAGAUCCCCGUCGCUGACUGCUCGAUCAGCGUUCUGUGUAGAUAAACCGGUUUAUGACGAAAACUGAACUCAUGGUUAUAAUCACUUAUAUACUGGCACAUUUGCUCGUAUGGAGAUCUGCUCAUACAUGGCUUAUAUCCGUGUUGACGGCGAGCCAAUGAGGCUCGAUCAGAAAAUCCGACGCAACUUCCCAGUUAGACCCGCUGGAGAGAACAUCGGCAACGUCUUGUGUGGAUGACAAGCAGCCGCCGAGGAUCUAUGUUCGGG